UACCUGUUCAUGACAACCUGUUCGUACCUGUGCUAGAAAUUAUUUUUCGAAAUAAUGAUCUUUUGUUUAAAAUUCAUAAAAUGAUAACUAUGCUGAAAAUUAGUGUUUAAGUACAAUGGAGUAAUGUUUAAAAAUUAAAUGAUCAAGUCAUUUUUAAAGGAAGAAAAUAGAAGAAUUUAUAAUCUAAAUUUGGAUUGGAUUUAAACUAAGAAUGGAAGAAAUAAAAGAAAAACCAAAGCCAUUGAAAGUAGACCAAGGAACAGGCACGUCUACUGAGGAAACUGAAACACUUAAUACAUCCUCUAAAGUUGACCAAGGUACAGAUCCUCUACCUGUGGUAACACCAGAACAAUCAGUCAACCAGGAGGAGGAAACUUUCUCCCCAGAAGACCAAGACAAACCAUUAAGGGUCGAUCAGGGAACCGGAACUGAAGACAUGGGGGCUGGGGCCUCAAAAGAUGGAGAAGUUGUGGAUGACGAUGAGCAGUAUGUCCAACGACCAGAAAGGAAGAGGAGUAAUGAAGCCAAUCAGGAACCUGGACCCUCCUCUCCACAUAGAGGACUACAACAGAGACCUUCUAUAAGUAGGCGGCUGACAGCUCAGAGUAAAAGUAGCUCACAAUCAUCAAGAACAGAUGACAAAAAUGAUGUUUUGAAAUAUAUUGAAGGCCAAGCAGAACCUGUUGUAUCAGUUUCAGCCAAUGGAUUUGCAGUACCAGAAAUCACUAUCAUGGAGGGUCAGACUGUUACAUUUUUAUAUGAGGAGGCAAGACCAACAAAUAAUGUUAUUCAGGUGAUACAUGAUGGAGACAAGCUACGUCCUGUUAUUGGUGGUUUUUCAUGUGAUAUAAAUAAAUGUAAAGGAAAAUAUAAUCAACAGUUUAACUUGGAAGGAGAAUACAAAUUUGCCAUAAACAAUGUGAGAUGUACUCCAUUAACAGUUGUUGUGAAACGAAGGACAGAUUUAUUGGCAGAAAUAACAGAUGAUGGGUUUAAUCCAAAGAAGAUAUACAUAGACCAGGGCCACUCUAUAAAAUGGCAAUGGAAACAGUGUACAGCCCCACACUCUGUACAGGAAGUCAAAUAUUGUAUAGAGAAAGGCUGCUUUAAAAAGGAGGCAGAAAAUGCAGAGGUUGUUAAAACAGUAACAGGAAGUUUCAGACAAACUUUCACGAGACCAGGCCUAUACUUUUUCCAGACGGAGAGUGGUGAAGUUGAGAAAGUUCAUCAUUGUGCGGUACAUGUCAGAGAAACACAAAGAGAAUACAAAGUAGAACUAUUAGACAGAUCCUUCCAGCCAAUGAUAUUGUUGAUAGAGGAGGGUGACAGAGUAUGGUGGUUCUGGGACAAAUUUAAAUGUAAGAAGCUACACAGUGUAUACCAGAUAGAGGCUCCAACUGGUGAACAUGGAGAUGACGAACCUUAUGAACCUGUACAAAAUGGAUUCAGAAGUUCUGUUCCAAGUAAACAAGGCCUACUGUCCCAUGAAUUCUACACUCCAGGAGUUUAUUAUUACUCAGAUCAGAACUUCCAAGAAGCUGCAGAAUACAUAGGAACAAUUAUAGUCAAGCCAAAACAGAAGGAACACUAUGUAGACUUAACAGAGAAAGGCUUUACACAAGAUGUUGUGAACGCCCAGACAGGAGACAGAAUUUGGUGGACCUGGGAUGCGGAAGAAAGUCUUAAAAGAGAUCACAUAUUUCAUAUAUCUGAAGUUGAUAAAAUGCUUAACCCACUUGCUAAAUUACCCACUUCUGAAAAUGAAAAAUACCACCACCUAAAUGAGGAUGCCAUCAGACUUUGUACAAGUGUUGGUCUGGCAACUACGCAAUACACUACCAUAGGGGUGUAUAAUUACAGAAUCGUGAAUGGACCAGAUAGCAUGAAUACAUGUUCAGUAAUAGUUAAUCCUGGACCAAAGAACCAUACAAUACAUCUGACAGACAAUGGAUUUGAACCUAAAGUGAUCACAGUCCGUCCUAAUGAUAGAGUCUGGUGGGUGUGGCAGUCAAGUAAAAAACCACAUGAUAUCAUUCAAGUAUCUCACCAAGGCAAGCCAAUAGAUGAUGGAUUCUGUAGUGGACAGGCCAGAGAUGCCCCCUCAGCCUUUAUGCAUCAGUUUAUGGCACCAGGUGUAUUCUAUUUUAUCAGUUCUGUUUUGCCAAAAGUAUUUGGUGCUAUUGUUGUUUCAACACAACCACAGGUACAUGAAGUGAAUGUAGCAUUAGAGAUCAGACCAGACCCAGUAACAAUCAAAUGUAAUGACAUUGUAUGUUGGAUAUUUAGAGGAUUGAGGUCAUAUGAUGUGGCUGAAGUUAAAAAUGUUGAUCAGCUCACGACAGAGGAAUUAGAAUCAGCAGCCGUCACACCAAGACGAUGUAUAUCACAAGCUGUACAGAAGACAGGAGUAAUACAUUUCUACAGUAAAUCAUUCAAAAGACAGAAGAAAGAGUCUGAUAAUGUAUACUCUGGUCCAAUGAUUGUGGUUGAGGGGAAUGAAGAAUUGAUGGAUGACAUCAGAGUUAGCAGUGUGAUUUGUGAUGAGCGCUAUGACAAUCAAGUAUGUCGUUUGGAUUCAGAAGGUUUCCAUCCACACUUCCUGUAUGUAACAAAGGGUCAGAGUGUUUUAUGGACCUGGAAAGGGAAUGAAGAAGCUCAUAACAUUAUACAUGUAUCAUCUCCUGAAAGCAAGGAAAUGUCAAAUGCACCUACCCAAGAAAAUGAAGAACCAUUGAAUGUGAUAUCUGGACCAAAAGCCUUUAACAGUGGGAAGCCUACAUCUGACAACAGUUUCCUGUAUACAUUUGAUGAGCCAGGAUCUUACACAGUGGCUUCACAGGGAGCACCUGGUUAUUCCUGUAUCGUAUUUGUCCUGGCAGCAGCUGGAAGAGUGUCUGAUCCUUUUAUAUCGUCAGUAGAUGGAGGGUCGGUUAACAGUGGGACAAAAAUUACAUUAGGUUGUGAUUCUCCUGGUUCCAAGAUAUAUUUCACCAUAGAUGGAGCACCACCAGAGUUACAUCUAGACUCAGCAAAGCUAUACACAGAGAAGGGUAUAAAGUUGAAGACUCCAGGAUUGUGUUUUGUUAGAUUCAUGGCUGUCAAAGAAGGCUUUCUUAACAGUCAUAUUAUAACUUCAAGACGAUACUUUGUACUACCAGAAGAGAGUGACACACAAGAUGACACAAGUGAUUCUGAUGCAUCUGUUGUUUCUGAUAAGAAACCAUCACCUAAGACAAAGAAGCAUUGGACAUGGUGGGACUGUGUACCAACAGUAAAAGCCUGCUUUACAGGACCUGGAAUUAUGGAGAUAUUCUGGGAUUCACCAGAUGAAAGUAAUUUGUUGCUUAUCAAAGGGUACCAGCUUUUUUUGAAUGGUGUAUCAUACUGUGAGAUGUUCCCUCCUAAUAACAAUAGUAUAAACAUCAGUGGAUUGGCUGGUGGACGAUUGUAUGAAGUUGUUGUGGAAGUAUACUCCACCAAUCCUAAACAAUCUCCACAGAUGUCUAACAAAUUGAUGAUGAAGUGUCCAUUAGUUUCAAAUGAUGGAGGACCAAUUAUCUCCCUUGAGAGGACAGAAAAAGAGGAUGCCAUAUCAGUUGUAUGGAUGUCCAUAGAUUCCAGAUCAUACCCCAUUUCUGGCUAUCUUGUUUUCCUGAAUGACCAACAGUGUGGAUCAAGGCUUGUACCUGAUCCAGACAGUAAUAGAUGUAAAGUUGUCAUUGGUGGAUGUGAAUUAGGUGUCUCACAUAAAGUCUAUGUGGUAGCAUUACCAAAAGGCGAAGUUGAUGACUCUAAAGUAUCAAAUCUUCUAGAAGUGACCUUACCCCUGUAUGUAAGUGAGAUAGUGCUGCCACCUGAAGGUAAACGUCUGGAAGAAGAGGAGCUAUACCUAGAGUAUAUUGAGAUACACGAAGGAUCAGGUUACCUACAGGCUAUGGAUGAAAGUAUAAAUAAAGCUAGUAGAGCAGAAGUUAAUGAAAGAAAUAGAUUUAAAAAAGAUGUGACCUCUUCAAGUUCACAGAGGUCAGCAAGUUCACAUCGUUCAGUUGUUAGAUUAAGACGCUUAGAUGAAACCAGGAUGAAAAAAAUCCCUGAGACCAUAGUUGAAGUGGAACAGCGGAAAUAUAAAGCGGAUUCUGAGGACCAAAGCAGUAUGACAGAUGAUUCAAAGAAACCUCCAGGGGGACGUUCUAGGCAAAGACUAGCUUCUAUGUCAGAGGAAUCUGAAAGUGAAAGUGAAAGUAGUGAAACUGAUUCUGAUUCUGAAACCUCUGAAACUGAUACAGAAACAGAAACUGAUGAUUAUGCCCUCCCCAGUGAAGGAAGUAUGGUUGUCAUGGAUGCACAGAGACCAUAUGAUGAGGUCAGAGUUCAAAGACGUGAGAGAGAAAUUGGUAGAGGUAGCUCAAGGAGACUGAAGGAAUAUGAGGGUGUUGUUGAAAGAAAAUCUGAAUAUUCUCCAAGACCUCCAGAAACUCCAAAAUCCAGCCGUCAUUCUGGAGGUAGAAAGCAGCGAUUGGCUCUUCUUGAAGUCCAGGAUGAGGUUGAACUAAAUAGUAGUACUGUAGAUGGCAGCUUUGUUGAAGAACGACGGGUGGCUGUCCCUGGUGACAAGUUAGGGGCCAGCAGAAGGAGAAUUAUUGAUGAAGGACAGAUGAUAACUAGUGAUGGAGAUGGAAUCCUUCCAGCGCCCUCUAUUAGUGUUGAAAGUCGUGGUAAGAAUGGUCUCCGUGUGUGUUGGAAGAGAUCUACAAAAGGAGUAGACCCUAAAUAUAAACUGUUGCUGCAUGUUGUCAAUAUUGUUGGGACAAAGUUUGCUAAAGAAAUCAAUAAUAGUGAUAUCAGUUUUGAAUGUAACUUGGUUGAGCAUAAUAAGCCAGUGAGAGGCUUACAACAUUGUUGGAAUGUUAUAGAUAAAGAUAGAUGUGAUAUAAAAGGAUUGGUUUCUGGUAUGACCUACAGGGUGUAUGUUAUUGCCAAUUAUACAAUGUUACAUGGAGAACAGCCAUGUGAAAUACAGACCUCUUCAUCUGUCAUCUAUUAUACCACUGUUGGACCACCACGUGCACCUAAACUAAAGAUUGUCAGUGUAGAUAUGUACCAGGCUUUGAUAGAAUGGGAUCAACCAAGUUUCCACAAAGAUCUACAGAUCAAAGGAUUCCAGAUUUAUGUAGAUAAUAAACCCUUAGGUAGAGUGAGGAAUAAGGACACCAGACAAAUGCUGAUCAACAAUAUGGUGGCAGGUAGAACUAUGAGUGUUUAUGUUGUGGCUGUUGCCCAACAAGGUGGCAUCGAAAGUGAGCCUUCACGUAAACUUCACAUCACAUGUCCAAGGAGGCCACCUGCAGUUGCAAUUACCCAGCAACCCUCACAUAAAGCAGGAUGUGUGUUAAUUUCCUGGAACAGACCAGAAGGACACACUUAUUCUUCUAAUGAAGAGGAUAUUUCUUUAUAUGGAAUUUAUGUGGAUGGUAAAUGGUAUGGAAAAAUCACAGCAAGUAAAGCCAGCAAUCGUAAUGGCUACCAGUACUAUUUGAAUGACCUUCCCCCUGAACAGACACAUGACAUCAAUGUCAAGGCCAUUGCUGGGUUUAAUAGAGUUGACCCUGACAGUUCCCAUGUCUUCUCACUCAGUGAUAGUCCUAUGUCAAACUCACUACCUGUGUCAGCCCCUGCAGCCCCUAAAUCUCCAAAACUUAUGCUUGAAGGGCUUCACACAGAUGGUAUAGAUGUCAGUUGGCAGGCUCCUCAGCAGUUUGGUGAUGCUUCAAUAUCUGGCUAUCAAAUGUUGAAGAAUGGGAAACUUUAUGGAUCUAUAAUACCAUCAGAUGUCAAUAGUUUACGUAUCAGAGAUAUUACACUGGGAGAAAAGAUACAACUACAGUUGAUAGCCUUGACCGACCAUCCUGUCGGUAAAAAUGAGAGACGCCAUGAAAUACAUGGAGACAGGGAUUCUGGGAUUGAUGGAUCAGGACAACCAGAGGAUAGAGGAACUUCUAGUGCACGCUUUGAUAAACAAAAAAUGAUUUUGUUUACACAAGAUAUAUUAUCUAAUGGGUCUAACGGAUGGCCUUUGGUUGAUACUAACAUCAGUGAUUUGUUCCUUGGUGAUCGAUAUGCUGGUUGCAGACCUGGUGCUAAGUUGACGGUUCAUUACACAGGCCUUGUCCUACCUCCAUCAGCAGUCUGGUGUGAACAAGUGUCAGGACACUCAGCAUUGAUUGUUUGGAACAAAGAUGAUGAGCCAAGAAGUCAUUUUAUCAGACCUGAAAAUUACCAGGUGACAUGGUGGCCGGGAGAUCGUCCUGAGGAUGAAAUCAACAGUGAUAGCACAAAUGAUAACGCUUUACUGAUAACCAAUCUCAGACCAUCAACGUCUUACACAGUGGUAGUUGAGGCCAGGAAAAUGGAAAAAUACAAAGACAUUGAUGAAGAGGAGAAUAAAGGAAAACAUUCAACCAUGAACUCCUUCAUUAUUGCCUCCAAAGCAGAACCACUGACCAUAAAAACAGCUCGGCCACCUGACCCUCCAUCAAACCUGGGUACAAUGGCCACAACAUGCUCUGGUAUAAAGUUAGCAUGGGAUCAACCAAGAGAACAUGGUGUAGAGGUUAUAGGAAUCAGAGUUGAUGCAGUUUCACUAAAUACCAGUGAACCACAUCAUGUUAGUGUUGACGUACUACCAGAUUCCAAAGAAGCGAAUAUUGAAUAUCUUCGGGAAAAAACAGACUAUCUCCUUCGUGUCACUGCCAUAACAGAUGAAUAUUUUGAUCGUUUGCCAGAAAAGCACAAACUUAAAAAACUAAAAGCUUUGCCAAAAGACAUGAUGAUUAACUCAGAAGAUUCAAAAUGGCUGCCAAAUUCUAGUAUUAUCAGUAAAACAGCUGGUACUGAGCCACCAGCAAACAUCAGGGUUUCCAAAGCAUCUACGAAUAAUAUGAAAUUAACAUGGACACCACCUAUUGUGUAUGGAUCUAAUAAAUUGACUGGUCAGAUUGUACGAUGGUGGGAUGUCAAAGCCACUAAACAUGUUGAUGAUGAUUUUCAUGUUGCUUGCCAUAAGAAUCUUCUGCCUUCAGAUGAUUCUGUUGUGAUUGAAGAUUUAGUGCCUGGAAUUCAGUAUAAAAUAGUCAUUGAGGCUGUAGUCAGUGUCAAAACAGCGUUGGAGAAAGACAGGAAUGAUGGUGGCAUUGAAGCAAACAGACGAACAGCCCAUGUCAUGUCAAAACCCAUGUUUGCCAGAGCACGUGCUCCAACAGAACCACCAAGACUCUAUAUUACUGGUUAUACUCAAACUACAGCACAGUUAUAUUGGGAGAAGCCUUUAUUGGUCACAGUUACAGGGAAAGAUGAAAACGGGAAAGUGAAAUAUCUACGCAGAUACUUAGAAGGAUACAAAUUGGAAAUUAAUGGAAAAACAUAUAGUUGUCUUGGACCUAAUUCACAAAGUUGUGCACUAACUAAAUGUAAACCUGGAAAGAAAUACUUAAUUAAUCUUGUAGCUUUAACAUGUACUGAGGAAGGCAAGAAAGAAAGAAAAAGAAAGUAUAAAGGAGUAUACAGGACAGUAAAUCCUCAGAACAUUGAUUACUGUGCCAUCCUUGAUGAUGAAGACAAUUUGGAUGCUUCACCUUCAGAAACAUUAGAGGUCGUAUUACCAAGAACUCAGGAGGGAAAUAUAAAUACUUUGAGUUGUCGUUAUACACACACUGAGGAUCGUGACAACAGAACAUUUGGUGACAUUGAACUUGAUUGGGACAUUCAAGGAGAAGACGUAAAUCUAUUAAAACAGUUUAAUAUUGUGUGGUAUAAUGAUGAUGAUAGAGUUAUACAGACCAAAUAUGUCAGUCCCGACUUCAGACAUACAGUUGUGCCUGUCACCAAGAACAAAUCAGUGUAUUACAUGACUGUGGAACCAAGUUACUUCACUGAAACCCUCCCACAAGGGCCCCAAAGUAUACAGCUAGUCAUCCCUGGACCCCCUGACUCUCCAGAGAUCUUCACUAAAUCAGUUAGUCCAGAAGAGUUUGUUAUAGAAUGGGGAGAACCAAGAUUGUACGGAGGAGUAAGGGUUAGAGGUUACCAGGUUUAUUUGAAUGACAAGAAAGCUGGUAAUGAACUGAACCAUUCACACAGGAAAGCUGUAAUACCAUGUAAACCUAACAGGAAUUACAGAGUACAAUUAAUCGCCUUGAGUACCAACCCAGAAUAUAGUGACUCACCAAAAUCUAAUGCCUUGUUUAUAUCAACAAACAUUAAUUCCCCAGGCCCCACUAGGGGUAAUGAUGACUGGAAAAUGGACGAUGACCAGGACAUACCAGUCACAGUCACUAAUAUUACAGAUUCCUCUAUACAUCUUGAUUGGAGUAACUUCCUUGAGAUUGAUGGAAUUACAGGUUACAAAAUACAAUGGAGCAGUGUGGCUCAACCAGCACAAAGAGAAGUUAGACUUUCUAGUCAGGACAGUAGUUGUGUGAUCAACAACUGUCUGCCAGGUACAACACAUUUUGUCCGUCUGCUGGCACUUGUAGAUGAUGGACAGAUCAAAGAGAGGUCAAAACAAUAUACAAUACAGACUUCUGCUCCUGCAGAUAGUCCAGUUCAGACCGUAAGGGCCUGUAAUUUCCGUUACAUUGCUGUACAAUGGGAUAAACCUAAUACCUAUGGUGAUGCUGUGAUAACUGGGUACAAAGUGUAUGUUAACGGGAUUGUAGAAUCUAUUCUCAAUGCUGACCAGCUUAGCUUUACAUUCACACAUGGAAAAUGGUGCCAAGAAUAUGCAUUUCAAGUCCAGGCCUUAACUUCAUUUGAGAAACUUCAUAGUAAAGUUUCUGAGCCACUACUAGUCACAUGGCCUGGAUGUAAGCCACCAAUGUUGAAACGUCUACCAACCCAUAGCAGUUCUAAUAUGAAGAUUGGAUGGGAAGACCCAUAUCUCACUGAUGGGGUCAAGAUCAAACAUUUUAGAGCUUGUUGCAUAGAGGAAGGGACAGAGAAAAUGGUUCAAAGUAUUGGGCCAAUACAUCCAGAUAGCCGUGAAGCAGAAUUCAAGCAUUUAAAGAAAGGCAGCUAUAGUGUUUAUGUAGAAAUUCAUUUAUAUGGUACAAGUGAAAUAGUUUGUACUGAGGCCAUCAGAUUACAACCAGCCUUGUCACCUGACCCCCCACGUAUCAUGGUGACAGUUGUAGGGUUAGAGGAACGUAGGACCAUUGAGAAAGUAACAUGUGAUCUAGUCAACAUCAGGGACAGGUUGAUAAGAAAAGUUGGUCACAAAUUAAAGGAAAUUGGUGCCUUGUCCAACCCAAUACGUGCUGAGAAGAACAGAGAUGUGAUAGAAGGAGCCCAUACCUUGUCUCGAGUAGAGGAAUAUUUAGAAGAGUGCUUUUUGGCGUUACAGCAUUUUACAGGUUAUUUGGAAGCACAUGUUAGCUGGUCUUGUCCACAAACCAGAUCUGAAAUGGUUGUCGCUGGUUACAAAGUUUUGAUUGAUGGCAAACAGUAUGGUAGUGCCAUGCAUGAAGGAGUGAAAACUGUUAGAAUUAAGCUAGGACUAGAACAGCCAGUGUACAGAUUGUCUAUGAUAUCCAUGACAGACAAGCCACAGGCUACCAGUGAAGAUUCUAAUAUUGUAGAGUUAUUAUCGGAUCAAUUCAAACCAUUUGCCUUCUAUUGUUAUCAUGCCGUCCAUGCUGAAGGCAUGAAGUGGCCAAACCAAGGCUGUUGCAAGUUUUCAGAUUCACUGGCUUAUGAAAGACAAGCUGCUAAAAAAUUGGCCAAUCAGGGAUUACUUAAGAAACGAGUACCUCCACCAUCUUGUAGUCUGUUAGAUAUAUUUGAUGGUGAAUACAAGCCUUUCCUAUCUACACACAGUAAACAGUAUGCUACAGCAGUCCUGUUCUGGACACCUUGGUGCCUUGCUUCUCAGACUUUCAUUAAUUACUAUGCUAGAUUUGCAAAAGAACAUUCAUCACAGUACAACUUUAUAGCAGUGUCUUGUGGUGUGAAUGCCACAUCUGCCGCCAACAGGAAGUCACUUAUUCACAGAAUAACAUCCAGUGGUUGGCGGGAGGAUAGAUCUGUAUGGCAUUGCACUAGUCAAUGUGCCAGUUCUAUAGAUGAAGCUAGCAGUAAAGUAUGGAAAACUACAAUGUCAGGUGCUCCGAGGAAACCUGAAGACAACAAUGCUCCUAACGUUGAUUUAACAGAGAUCCUGGGAAUAGCAGGAGUACCAACAUUACUUGUUAUACACCCAGAUGGAUAUAUUGCAUGGCAUGGGAGAUAUCGUGCCUAUGACUACGCAGGUUUUAGUUCCUUCAUGCAGCAUACAUUGAGUGAAGUUCUCAAUGUACCUAGUCCAGCCUAUGGAUAUGAUGCCUUUAAAAAUAAUAUCACAUUGGAUGAUGAUGCUGUUGAAUCAGUAUUAAGGAUUGUACGGGAUCCUACAAGAAGUACAAUUGUAAGAAUUCCAUCAGAGAGACCACCAAGUCCAGAACCUAUGAUGGAGAGCAAAUACGCUGAUGAAAAGACUGUGGAACAAUUAUUUAUCAAACGUAAACAACACAGUCCAAGAUCCCGCAGGAAGAAAUUAACUGUCAAUCAUCGACCUUACUCCGCCUCAGCUUAUGUACAGUUAUUGAAAAGUCCAUAUAUGCAGAAAGUUGUCCCCUCUCCAAAAGUGCUAAAUAAAAUGCUACGACCAGCCAGUGGUCCAAGUGGUGGGCCACGAUAAGGUUAAUGGAUUACAAAUGUUCUCUAAGGAACAGGACAUAUGAAAUGAAAGAUAACUAUUUUGUAUGAAAAACUUGAUUUAACCGGUUGGUAAAGGUUGAAGAAAUGUAAUGAAACUAAUUGUUUAUCAUUUGAUUAAGUUUCAUUAGAAAAUACAUAUCAGGGUGAAAAUGUUAGAAAAAAAGAUUUUUGUGUAAAAGAUUUCACCAGUCACCCUUGUGUAAGGUCCAAUGAUAGUUUUGUAGCAAACUGUCAGAAAAAUAGAUCAAAUCAAAAUAUUUGUAUUAGUUUAUAAUAUUGAAUUUGCAUUUAUUUCUGUUUAAUGACCAUAGUGUGGUUUUGUCUAGCGGUGUAUGGUAUUUUCCUUUAAUUAGCUAUUUUAGAUAUAAUUAAUUCAAAAUUGCCUUCCAUACUCUGUCCAAUUUAUUUUUUUAAAUGUUGGUGAGUUCAAAGGUUAAUAACUAUUCUAUCAAGGAAGUAUUUCCAAAUUUUUAAAUAUAUAAACACUUAAUUUAAUGUUUAUUUUUUCAAAAACAUUAGGACAAAAAAUUAUUUACUCUUUUGUACUGUUAUAAUUUAUUAAUGGAGCUAGUGCACUUUUUACACAGAUAUCAAUGGUCCUAAAAAUUUAGAUCAUGAAGUAAAAUACUUUCAAAUUUAAUGUUUGCAUCUUAAUCGUAGACAGUGUGUCUAAGGCAAAUGUAAAAUAAAUGAUGCAUACAUUUGUUAUUUUUAAAAUGUAUGCUGUAAUGGAAAAUAUUAAUGUUAAAAAUGCACCUUAUUACAUUGCACUUGUUAUUUUGUAUAUAAUUAUUUAGUUUUUUUAAUCAUGAAUCAAAAUCAGUAAAUAACAAAUUUACUGCCAGUUAAAUUCCUUGCAUAGAGCAACAUCUUAAAAUAGUAAUGUAUUAUUAUAUGACUACAGAAACUAUUUUCUGAAUGGUUGAGAUCCUUGCAGUAACAAUAUUAAAUUUAAUUUUAUAAUUGCGCAACAUAAUGAAUAAAUAUUAUGACAUUAAUGUCUGGUACAAAGAAAAAUCAAAGAAGAUAUUGUGAGAGGACCUUCGUUGAAUAAACUUGAAAUUAUAUGAACAAGUUAUAUAAACUUGUAAACUACAAAUUUCCAUCUUUUGGGAUAAAUUACAAAAACUACUAACGAUUUAGCCUCUGAAGAAGGUCUAUUAAAGGACAUAAACCGGUCGGCCUACAUAUUUGUAUCAGGCGCUGUUAUUAAGGUUGUAACAAUAUAUUUUCCUAUAUUUUACUAAUGAUUUACCAGUUAGUAGAAAAGUAAUCAAUAUGCAUUUAAAGGUCACAGGCAGAGGUUGAUAUAUCUUUACAUAGGAUACUGAAGCCACUUUGUAUGUAUUGAAUUAAAACAGAUUUAUUAUAUAUAUUAUUUCCUCAAUUGAUACUUAUUUACGUAUGUUUGAAGGUUGUGUAAAAUUGAAAGUUUAUCUUGCACAUUUCGUAAUUGUACAGAGUAUUUAUUCAAGCGUAACUGUGAUAUCAGAGACUUUUACCCAGCCUGCUUGAGACGUUUUAAUUUUUGAAAUGUAUAAAUAUGAUGAUUUUUCUCUCAAAAUUGUGGAAAAUACAGGCAGGUAAUUUUACUUGUUUUUAAAAACCUGGUGAUACCUGAAUUGCUUUAGUUAUUGCACUGUAUACCAAAGAUUUAUUAAGUCGUUAUAUAAACUGUAAUAGACAACGAAUAUCAGUGAAGCUUCAUUCCCACAUUCAGGCACUUUAUUAACUAGGUUUACAUUUUUUUAAAUAUUGAUAUGAAAGUGAGGGUAAGGGGAUUGAAUCAUGAAGAAUAAAUACUUUUAGACUUCUUGUAUAUUUUUCUGAAAUUUAUUAAAUAAACAAACUAUAGAUGUUUAUUUACUACAGCAUAGUGUAGACUUAAGUUUUUGUGAAAUUAAUUUUGUAGUAUAAUUUAUCAUAUUUGGAAGAUUUUUGUUUUUAUUGUUAUGUUCUCACUAAAUUGUGCUUGUUAACAUUUUCUGAGGAAUUAUUCCCAAAAUAUGAAGAUUGAAAAGUUUUCUUCAUUUCUGGAAAAUAAUUGACACAGCAUACUGUUGUCAAGAAAGGGUUUAUUUUUAGACAUAUCAGGGUUCUCCACCAAAAAACACAUGGGCAGUUCUAUACAUUUCCAACAUUUUUAACUAAUAUUUAAUAGUUAAAAUAACUUAUUUAUUUAAUAUACUGAAGGAUAUUAAGCAUGUUAAUAUAUUACCAAAUUUAAUAUAAUAUAUAAAGUACCCUCAUUAAAAGACAAUAUUGGUGAAUAUUUUCAGAUUAUUAUAGGUGUAUUUUGGCACCAUUCAUAUAUAUUUCUUGCCAAAAAAAAUUAUUAUUACAAUUUACCGUCCUAUUAUUCCAUGUGAUAUUUUUUCUUAACUUUUAUUUGUAAUCACUGACAGAAAUUUAUUUUAGAAGUAUCUAUAUAUAUUUGUCCGACAUUCCAUUUUGUUAUUGAAAUGUUUUCCGUCCAAAACAUACUUGUGAUAAAAAAUAUCCACAUACAUCUUUUUUGUGGAAUGUUUAGGCCGUAUUUAUGUCCUCUUUUUUUUUUUUUUUUUAAUUGUUUUACAAUUAUAUAUCUACUUUGUUUUGUGUAAACUGUCUAACAUUUUGUCUAAUUUUAGAAGUGUUUUGGGUUGACAGUAUGGGUAUAGUUGAUACAUUAAUACAUUCAAACAUCAAUAGUUUGAUAAUAAAUGAGUAGAAUCAAA